AUGGACAAUAAACUGUUUCCUUUAUACCAGGACAGACUCACAUCUCUCACAUUCAACACUGAACACAACACCACACAUGGUGUGUUUGGUGAUGAAGUGAAGUCAGUGUCAGUGAUGGAGGGAGAUUCUCUUACUCUAUAUACUGAUACUGAACUACAGAUACGUGAUGUGAUCGACUGGACUUAUCAAAAGACUCUCUUAGCUAAAAUUAAUAAAGCAGCUAAUAAGACAACAAUAUAUGAUGAUGUUCUUGAUGAGAGAUUCAGAGACAGACUGCAGGUGAAUAAUCAGACUGGAGAUCUCACCAUCACAAACACCAAAACUCAACACACUGGAGAUUAUAAAAUGAGCAUCAGCGGCACAAAGAAGAUCUGUUCACAAAGAUUCAAUGUUGUUGUUUAUGCUCGUCUGCCCAUUCCUGUCAUCACUAAACAAAACUCUUCAUCAUCAUCAUCAAGAUCAUUUUGUGUGUUAUUGUGUUCAGUGUUGAAUGUGAGAGAUGUGAGUCUGUCCUGGUACAAAGGAAACAGUUUAUUGUACAGCAUCAGUGUGUCUGAUCUCAACAACAACAUCUCUCUUCAUCUGAAGUGUCUGGAUGAUUCUUACAGCUGUGUGGUGAACAAUCCCAUCAGUAAUCAAACUCAACAUCUCAACAUCACUCAUCUCUGUCAGCCAUGUUUAGAGUUUACUAAAAAGAAGGUUUUUAACAACAGACUUUGGUUGAUUUGGUGCCUGCUCGCCGCCAUCUUCCAAGUCGUAUCGGUCUGCGAAUGCAACGUAAGGAUGGAGGAGAGUAAAGAUGGAUAG